CGACCCUGGUAUCGCGUCGUUCCCCGGCCAUCGUACUGGCGCGCGCCUACCACUUUAAUUAAGAGUCUGCAGUUCCACAUGGAAUCGCAAGCUCCCACACCCGAAUCUUCCUACCUCAUCCGCUGCAUGUCUCCUUCUAUAUUGACAGCAGUCUUCUCAGUCACUUCCCCAUCAUUGUCAACCACGGCUGUCUACUUCCUAUACCUCAUCAUCAGUAGUAAUGUCUCGUCCUUCACUUGGCAAACGGACGAGGUCUGUCCAGGAUCAGGGCGAGACCCAGCUUCCCGCUAAGCGCACCAGACGGCAAACUCGAGCUGCACUGCACAAUGAUGAGAACGCAGAUCCCGAGGGGGCAGCCACUCCCGAGCUCGACUGCCAGAGUGACGACAAGGCCUACGUCGAACCGGCCGCGAAGAGCAUCAAGCGUUCUCGUUCCCAGACUUUCCCAAAGACGAUUCCGAUCACGCCCCAAACCCCACGACAUCGAGACGCCUUCGCCAACUCUCCCUCUACGCCCCGGCAGGCGGUCAAGUCUGCUGGAAGGCUCUUCCAGAGGUUGACGCCUCAGUCUCCUUUGACGCCUGGCUCUCUUCAAACCAUUUACCACUCUGCUCGACAACUCUUUGCCCGGGGUGCCGACCCAGGCCAACUUGUGGGACGCGAAAGGGAACGAGAGCAAGUAGCCCAAUUCGUCCAGCGGUGCUAUUCUUCGACCCCGAGCGGAUGCCUCUAUGUCAGCGGUCCGCCUGGAACAGGAAAGAGUGCGAUGAUCAAGGAGAUCACAGGAGAGUUGACACAGUCCACAAAUGUACGACAAGCAUAUGUCAACUGUAUGAGUGUCAAGUCAUCCAAGGACCUUUAUAACACCUUACUGGAACUCAUGGGGUACGACAGUGACCUCUCGGAAACUCUGGCCAUGAAAGAGCUGCAGAAGGUUUUUGCGACGGCGAAGAAGGACUCGCCUGUCUACCUGCUUGUCCUUGACGAGAUCGACCACAUCUUAACCAUGGGGUUGGAGAGCUUGUACCGGCUAUUCGAGUGGUCUUUGCAGCAGCCGUCGCGACUGGUCUUGGUCGGCAUUGCCAACGCACUCGAUCUCACAGACCGUUUUCUGCCACGACUUAAAUCCAAGAACCUCAAGCCAGAGCUUCUUCCAUUUCACCCGUACUCGGCUGCUCAGAUCAAAAGCAUCAUCACCACGCGCUUGAUGACUUUGUUGCCGACUGACAGCAAGGAGAAAACACUCCCCUUUUUCCACCCCGCAGCCAUUGAACUCUGCUCCCGGAAGGUGUCGAGUCAAACAGGAGACUUGCGGAAAGCCUUCGAGAUCUGUCGACGCGCGCUGGACGUUGUCGAGUCAGAGACCAGGCGCCAACACGAAAAUGAGGCAAGGGAGAAGGUUCUACAGAUGACACCGUCCCGCAAACCUCUUGGCGAGAAUGUCAACAUGGCUGGCUCCAGUUGGUCCUCUAGGAGCGUCUCUCACGUCGCGGCGACGUCUCUCAAGGCUUUAACGGUCGAGAGCGCCCCACGAGUGCUCCUCAAACACCUGAAUCAAGUCACUCAAGCAGCGUUCAGCAACGGAACCAACCAGCGACUGAAAGCCCUCAACCUCCAGCAAAAGGCGGCACUUUGCUCGUUGGUUGCCCUCGAGAAGCGCAACCGAGCGGCAAAGAUGGCCAGUGGUUUGACCACACCCACCAAAUCGCAGACGCUGGCACCUACAGUCAAAACUCUGUAUGAUACGUAUUCUGUUCUUUGCACGCGGGACUCGGUUUUGCACCCGCUGUCAAGCUCAGAGUUCCGAGAGGUCAUCGGAAGUUUGGAGACAUUGGGUCUAAUCAGUCCCGUCGAUGGGAAGACAGGUAGCCUUGUGGCGACACAAACACCAAGCAAGAGAGGACGAAAGUCGGCGCUGCCCACAGGAGAAGACAAGCGAGUGGCCAGUUGCGUCGGUGAAAAGGAAAUGGAGAACAUUGCUGAGGGCGUAGGUGCAGGUAUCUUGUCGAGCAUCCUCAGCGGCGAUGCACUGGAUUGAUUUAUGGGAUGCAGCAGGAGUUCUUGGGGUGCAUUUUGCAUGGCAUUGGAGUUCAGGAAAAAGCAUGACACGUGGGGUUUGAGGAGGAUCUGUGGCGAGCUGUCCAUCACAGCCAGCUAGCCAAGCAUUGUAUAUCGAAGAAUUGUGUGGAUAUUGAAGCGAAGGCGGAAUGAUGACCUGUUGGAGGUGCUAAAAAUCAAGUGACGGAGAAUGGCCAACAUGGGAGAUGCCCGGACAAAGGGUACCGGGGGGUGGUGGUAGUGUAAGAGACAUUUGGGACGAGACAUUAAUAGCAUGAUACCAGACGGUCAAAACGAAACAAGGCUUGUUGAAGUAGCUGAAUAUGACCCGUGCUGUAGAG